AUGUUAAGACUGCUUACAAGCCUCCAUUUCCAGACACUUAGAUCGUUUCUAUCAGAAUACGUUACUGAGGAUCUACCAGAUGUGGUGGAUACGAUAUAUGUCAGGUCAUCAAGUACGCCAAGUAUCACAUCGCUUGAAUGCACACAAAGCAGCGUGAGCCUAAUUUCAAAUGCAGUGAGGCAUUUUGUUGAAGGCGGAAUCAGCAAUCAGUUGUGCUCUGGAUACAUUCAAUCUACAGAUACGGCCGUCUCAGGGAAGAUUCUCUGUACCUCACCAUGCAUGUCUUCGAACAUCCUCAAGUCCCAUGAAUGGAUGUGCAUUAUGAAUAGGAUUGGAGAUGAAUUAGCAAUGCAUUUACUUACAGAAUGCACAAUUGUGCAGAAAGUCCGCAAUACCUAUGUGCUUCUUGCAGGUGACUUCAACAGUCUGUACAAAUUGCAUCAAAAGCCAGUGGAUUUGUACAUUAACCGGGACACAAUAUUCCAUAGACACACAAGAGUUGUGAGGUUUGUGGCUGCAAAAGCAUUUGAGUAUAUUUUUCAAGGGCACAACUUAGAUAAGUACAAGGCGAUACAAGCAGAUGUAAUGCAUGUUCUUCAGAAAAUCGAGAGAAAUGUAGUGCAUCUACCGCUGUCACCGAUGUUUAAGUCAUACUUCCAUGACGAGAUGGAUGUUGGAAGCAAAACGUGUAUUAUGGAGUGCAGCAUCAAGCCAUCCAAGCUUGUUGACUUCUUAUUUCUUGUAUCCAAGAAGCUGCUUGCAGAUGUGUUUGAUUUUGAGUCGUUCAGGAUACUCAAGUCAAGGAUAUCACUGCUGGUUCAUAGAAACAGGUACGAAAAGAUCUCGAAUGUAGAAAUAGUGAAAUAUUUCAAAAUAUCCCGCUUGAAGUUCUUCAGAAGUGCUAGGUGCACAAGACACGAGUUCUGUAUCCGAGCCAGAGUUGUAAGUCGGUUCUUGGCAUAUGUCACAGAAAACAUAUUUGUAGCAGUUAUAUCGAAGCAUUUUUACUCGACCGAAGCAUCGUUUUCGAAGUUUAAGGUGUACUACUUUCCGAGGAGUAGCUGGAGAUACUUUUCAAGCAUGCAUAUAGGCAGCUUUCUGGAUAAGUUUGAAGCCAUGGAACCGCAUAAACUGUGUUUGUAUUCGGAACUAAGAUGUAUUCCAAAAGCAAAUGGAAUGCGCGUUGUGUUUAACAUGUCGAAGGCUAGGAACGGAAAGCAGUCGAUUAACAGCCGUGUGUAUCCGGAGUUUUGCAUUCUCAGGAAUGAAUGCUAUGGAAACCUGGGGAAUUCAGUCAUUAACCAGGCAGGGAUGUAUGAGAAGCUUGCGCCUUAUCUGUCCAGUGUAGUGGGAUUGGUAUAUAUUCUGAAGGUUGAUGUUUCUGGAUGUUUUGACAGCAUUCCCCAAGAGCAUGUUAUGAGGAUUGUAAGAGACACAAUCAAUAAAAGCACGUAUUAUAUAAGCAGUGUAUCGGCACUUGAAGCCGUUGGUGCAGAGGUACGAUUUAGACAGAUGUACAGAGCAUCUGACAGCAUGAUGACAGCGAAUACAAUUACGGACGAUGCAUGUGGAGUAAGGCUCAGGAACAGACUGGUAAGGGAGAAUGCAGGCCAGAGAGUGUUGAGGAAAGAAGAGGUGUGCAGUGCGAUUGCUAGGGUAAUAAACAAGAAUGUAGUAAAGUACCAUGGGAAGUAUUUUGUGCAGAGAACAGGGAUUCCGCAAGGAUCGAUUGCAUCUACAUUACUUUGCAGCCUAUACUACAAUAGGAUUGAUGAAUUGUAUUUCAAUGAGAUUCUGAAGAAGGGAAUGCUGGUUAGAUAUGUUGACGACUUUCUUGUGAUUUCUCCAUCGAUUGAUGAGGUUCUACGAUUUCUCCAGGCGUUCGAAUCAAUAUCACAUCUUGGAAUGAACUUCAGCAGCCAGAAGAUUGAGUCAAACUUUGGAGUUGAGAGGUAUAUGAAGCAGCCUGAUUGGAUAAUGCAUGCAGCUAUGCACAAAAGCGAGCUGAGGAUAAUAAACAAGCCUGUUGUGUGGUGUGGCAUGAAAAUAUAUGCGAAUGGGUUCUGUGUAAAGCCCUGUAUUGCUGAUCCGUAUAUGAUGUUUUCCAUUACACAUGCUGCACAUCAUCCCGGACGAGGUGUUGCUGUAAAGAUCAGCAAUAUGCUUCGGAACAGAAUGUCAAGGAUGUACAUUGAUUGCUCCAAUCUGAAGAUGUAUGAGAACAUCUACGACAUAUUUCUUCUCUGUGGAAAGAAGCUUGUGCUGCACCUUAAGAGAAUGGAUUUCAUAAACCAGAAGUUUGUUGCUAAGGUGCUUGAGAGCUCAAAGAGGUUUGUCAUGAAGGCAUGUAGAGAGCGAGGUGUGAAUAUAUCCAAGCGUAUGAUGGAGUCAAUGUCAUCAAAAGCCUUCGAAAAAAGCGGAGUGUACAGGGUUCUACAGGGCCAAGGAUAG